AUGGCUCGCUUCGGGGAGGCGGUGGUCGUUGGCAGGCCGGGCUCAGGCGAUGGAGACUCGGACCAGAGCAGGAACCGACAAGGAACCCCUGUACCGGCCUCGGGGCCGGCAGCCGCCUACAAGCAGUCGAAAGCGCAGAGGGCGCGGACUAUGGCUUUGUACAACCCCAUUCCUGUCCGGCAGAACUGUUUCACGGUCAACAGAUCCCUGUUCAUCUUCGGAGAAGAUAACAUUGUCAGGAAAUACGCCAAGAAGCUCAUCGAUUGGCCGCCAUUUGAGUACAUGAUCCUGGCCACCAUUAUUGCCAACUGCAUCGUCUUGGCCCUGGAGCAGCAUCUUCCUGAGGAUGACAAGACCCCGAUGUCCCGAAGGCUGGAAAAGACAGAACCAUAUUUCAUUGGGAUCUUCUGCUUUGAAGCUGGGAUCAAAAUUGUGGCUCUAGGUUUCAUCUUCCAUAAGGGUUCAUACCUCCGCAAUGGCUGGAAUGUCAUGGACUUCAUUGUGGUCCUCAGUGGCAUCCUGGCCACUGCAGGAACCCAUUUCAACACCCAUGUGGAUUUGCGGACCCUCCGUGCUGUGCGUGUCCUGAGGCCCUUAAAGCUCGUGUCAGGAAUACCUAGCCUGCAGAUUGUGUUGAAGUCCAUCAUGAAGGCCAUGGUGCCUCUGCUGCAGAUUGGCCUUCUGCUCUUCUUUGCCAUCCUCAUGUUCGCCAUCAUUGGCUUGGAGUUCUACAGUGGCAAGUUACAUCGAGCAUGCUUCAUGAACAAUUCAGGUAUUCUAGAGGGAUUUGAUCCUCCCCACCCAUGCGGUGUGCAAGGCUGCCCAGCUGGUUACGAAUGUAAGGACUGGAUCGGCCCCAAUGACGGGAUCACCCAGUUUGACAACAUCCUUUUUGCUGUGCUGACUGUCUUCCAGUGCAUCACGAUGGAAGGGUGGACCACUGUGCUGUACAAUACCAAUGAUGCCUUAGGAGCCACCUGGAAUUGGCUGUACUUCAUCCCCCUCAUCAUCAUUGGAUCCUUCUUUGUUCUCAACCUUGUCCUGGGAGUGCUUUCAGGGGAAUUUGCCAAAGAAAGAGAGAGAGUGGAGAACCGGAGAGCAUUCAUGAAGCUGCGGCGCCAGCAACAGAUUGAGAGAGAGCUGAAUGGCUACCGUGCCUGGAUAGACAAAGCAGAGGAAGUCAUGCUUGCUGAAGAAAAUAAAAACGCCGGAACAUCAGCCUUGGAAGUGCUUCGAAGGGCAACCAUCAAAAGGAGCCGGACGGAGGCCAUGACCCGAGACUCCAGCGAUGAGCACUGCGUUGAUAUCUCUUCUGUGGGCACACCUCUUGCCAGAGCCAGUAUCAAGAGCACAAAGGUAGAUGGAGCCUCCUAUUUCCGGCACAAGGAACGGCUUCUGCGUAUCUCUAUCCGGCACAUGGUCAAAUCCCAAGUGUUUUACUGGAUCGUCUUGAGUGUUGUGGCUCUCAAUACUGCCUGUGUGGCUAUUGUCCAUCACAGCCAACCCCAGUGGCUCACUCACCUCCUCUACUAUGCAGAAUUUUUGUUUCUGGGACUUUUUCUGUUGGAGAUGUCCCUGAAGAUGUAUGGCAUGGGGCCACGCCUUUAUUUUCAUUCCUCAUUCAACUGCUUCGAUUUUGGGGUCACAGUGGGCAGCAUCUUUGAGGUGGUCUGGGCAAUAUUCAGACCUGGUACAUCUUUUGGAAUCAGUGUCUUACGAGCUCUCCGACUCCUAAGGAUAUUUAAAAUAACCAAGUAUUGGGCAUCCCUCAGGAAUCUGGUUGUCUCCUUGAUGAGCUCCAUGAAGUCUAUUAUCAGCUUGCUCUUCCUGCUCUUCCUCUUCAUCGUUGUCUUCGCUCUCCUAGGAAUGCAGCUCUUUGGAGGCAGGUUUAACUUUAAUGAUGGGACUCCUUCAGCUAAUUUUGACACCUUCCCUGCAGCUAUCAUGACAGUGUUCCAGAUCCUGACGGGGGAAGACUGGAAUGAGGUGAUGUACAAUGGCAUCCGCUCCCAGGGUGGGGUCAGCUCGGGCAUGUGGUCUGCCAUCUACUUCAUUGUGCUCACCUUGUUUGGAAACUACACACUGCUGAACGUAUUCUUGGCCAUUGCUGUGGACAAUCUGGCCAAUGCCCAGGAAUUAACGAAGGACGAACAGGAGGAGGAAGAAGCCUUCAACCAGAAGCAUGCACUGCAGAAGGCCAAGGAGGUUAGCCCGAUGUCUGCACCCAACAUGCCUUCUAUUGAAAGAGACAGAAGGAGAAGACACCACAUGUCGAUGUGGGAGCCGCGCAGCAGCCACCUGAGGGAGCGGAGGCGCCGGCACCACAUGUCUGUAUGGGAACAACGCACCAGCCAGCUGAGGAGGCACAUGCAAAUGUCUAGCCAAGAAGCCCUCAACAAAGAGGAGGCCCCACCGAUGAACCCCCUCAAUCCACUCAAUCCACUGAGCCCUCUCAACCCACUCAACGCUCACCCCAGCCUCUAUCGGAGACCCAGACCCAUUGAGGGCCUAGCCCUGGGCCUGGGUCUUGAAAAGUGUGAAGAAGAGCGCAUUAGCCGCGGGGGUUCCCUCAAGGGCAGUGUAGGGGGCCUGACCAGUGCCCUGGACAACCAGAGGAGCCCCUUGUCCUUGGGAAAACGGGAGCCACCGUGGCUGCCCAGAUCCUGUCAUGGAAACUGUGACCCAACCCAGCAGGAAGCUGGGGGAGGAGAGACCGUGGUGACUUUUGAGGACCGAGCCAGGCAUAGGCAGAGCCAGAGGCGUAGCCGCCAUCGCCGCGUCAGGACUGAGGGCAAGGAGUCUGCCUCCGUGUCCCGAAGCAGGUCGGCCAGCCAGGAGCGGAGUCUGGAUGAAGGGUUGUCCAUUGAGGGAGAGAAAGAACAUGAAUCUCAGGGCAGCCACAGAAGCAAGGAGCCGACCAUCCAUGAAGAGGAAAGAACUCAGGACUUGAGGAGGACCAACAGUCUGAUGGUACCCAGGGGCUCUGGACUGGUAGGAGCUCUUGAUGAGGCAGAAACUCCUCUAGUCCAGCCCCAGCCUGAGUUGGAAGUGGGGAAGGAUGCGGCUCUGGCAGAGCAGGAAGCUGAAGGCAGCAGCGAGCAAGCCCUGCUUGGGGACGUCCAGCUGGAUGUGGGCCGGGGCAUUAGCCAGAGCGAGCCUGACCUCUCCUGCAUGACAGCCAACAUGGACAAGGUUACCACCGAGAGCACCAGCGUCACGGUCGCCAUCCCUGAUGUUGACCCCUUGGUGGAUUCAACAGUGGUGCACAUUAGCAACAAGACUGAUGGAGAAGCCAGUCCCUUGAAAGAGGCAGAGACCAAAGAGGAAGAAGAAGAGGUGGAGAAGAAAAAGAAGAAGGAGAAGCGAGAGACUGGCAAAGCCAUGGUGCCCCAUAGCUCUAUGUUCAUCUUCAGCACCACUAACCCGAUCCGUAGGGCCUGCCACUACAUUGUGAACCUACGCUACUUUGAGAUGUGCAUCCUCCUGGUGAUUGCGGCCAGCAGCAUUGCCCUGGCAGCCGAGGACCCUGUCCUGACCAAUUCGGAGCGCAACAAAGUCCUGAGAUAUUUCGACUAUGUUUUCACCGGCGUGUUUACCUUUGAGAUGGUUAUAAAGAUGAUAGACCAAGGCUUGAUCCUGCAGGAUGGAUCCUACUUCCGAGACCUCUGGAACAUCCUGGACUUUGUGGUAGUGGUUGGUGCAUUGGUAGCCUUUGCUCUGGCGAAUGCAUUGGGAACCAACAAGGGGCGAGACAUCAAGACUAUCAAGUCUCUGAGGGUACUCCGGGUUCUGCGACCACUGAAAACCAUCAAGCGCUUGCCCAAGCUGAAGGCUGUGUUUGACUGUGUGGUGACCUCCCUGAAGAACGUCUUCAACAUACUCAUUGUCUACAAACUCUUCAUGUUCAUCUUUGCUGUCAUUGCUGUCCAGCUGUUCAAAGGGAAGUUCUUUUAUUGCACCGACAGCUCGAAGGACACAGAGAAGGAGUGCAUAGGCAACUAUGUAGAUCACGAGAAAAACAAGAUGGAAGUAAAGGGCCGGGAAUGGAAGCGUCAUGAGUUCCACUACGACAACAUCAUCUGGGCCCUGCUGACCCUCUUCACUGUCUCCACAGGGGAAGGGUGGCCUCAGGUCCUGCAGCAUUCUGUAGAUGUGACAGAGGAAGACAGAGGCCCAAGCCGCAGCAACCGCAUGGAGAUGUCCAUCUUUUAUGUGGUCUACUUUGUGGUGUUCCCUUUCUUCUUCGUCAAUAUCUUCGUAGCUCUCAUCAUCAUCACCUUCCAGGAGCAAGGGGAUAAGAUGAUGGAGGAGUGUAGCCUGGAAAAGAACGAGCGGGCAUGCAUUGACUUCGCCAUUAGUGCCAAACCCCUCACCCGCUACAUGCCACAGAACAGACACACCUUCCAGUACCGCGUCUGGCACUUUGUGGUUUCUCCAUCCUUUGAGUACACCAUCAUGGCCAUGAUCGCCUUGAACACUGUCGUGCUGAUGAUGAAGUACUAUUCUGCUCCUUGCACCUAUGAACUUGCCCUAAAGUACCUGAACAUUGCCUUCACCAUGGUGUUCUCCCUGGAAUGUGUCCUAAAGGUCAUCGCUUUUGGCUUCCUGAACUAUUUCCGAGAUACCUGGAACAUCUUUGACUUCAUCACAGUGAUUGGCAGUAUCACAGAAAUUAUUCUGACAGACAGCAAGCUGGUGAACACCAGUGGCUUCAAUAUGAGCUUCCUGAAGCUCUUCCGAGCCGCGCGCCUCAUAAAGCUUUUGCGUCAGGGCUACACCAUUCGCAUCUUACUGUGGACCUUUGUGCAGUCCUUUAAGGCUCUCCCCUAUGUCUGCCUUCUGAUCGCCAUGCUUUUCUUCAUCUAUGCCAUCAUCGGGAUGCAGGUAUUUGGAAACAUAAAGUUAGAUGAGGAGAGUCACAUCAACCGGCACAACAACUUCCGGAGUUUCUUUGGGUCCCUCAUGCUGCUCUUCAGGAGUGCCACAGGGGAGGCGUGGCAGGAGAUAAUGCUGUCGUGUCUCGGCGAGAAGGGCUGUGAGCCCGAUACCACCGCACCCUCAGGGCAGAACGAGAGCGAGCGCUGUGGCACUGACCUGGCCUACGUGUACUUUGUCUCCUUCAUCUUCUUCUGCUCCUUCCUGAUGCUCAACCUGUUUGUGGCUGUCAUCAUGGAUAACUUUGAGUACCUGACUCGAGAUUCCUCUAUCCUGGGGCCUCACCACUUGGAUGAGUUUGUCCGUGUCUGGGCAGAAUAUGACAGAGCAGCAUGUGGCCGCAUCCAUUACACUGAGAUGUAUGAAAUGCUGACUCUCAUGUCACCACCGCUAGGCCUCGGCAAGAGAUGUCCCUCCAAAGUGGCCUAUAAGAGGUUGGUCCUGAUGAACAUGCCAGUGGCUGAGGACAUGACAGUCCACUUUACCUCCACACUUAUGGCUCUGAUCCGGACAGCUCUGGACAUCAAAAUCGCCAAAGGUGGUGCAGACAGACAGCAGCUAGACUCGGAGCUACAAAAAGAAACUCUGGCCAUUUGGCCUCACCUGUCCCAGAAGAUGCUGGAUCUGCUUGUGCCCAUGCCCAAAGCCUCUGACCUAACAGUGGGCAAGAUCUAUGCAGCAAUGAUGAUCAUGGACUACUAUAAACAGAGCAAGGUGAAGAAGCAGAGACAGCAGCUGGAAGAACAGAAAAAUGCACCCAUGUUUCAGCGCAUGGAGCCCUCAUCACUGCCGCAGGAGAUCAUCGCUAAUGCCAAAGCGCUGCCUUAUCUCCAGCAGGACCCUGCUUCAGGCCUGAGUGGUCGGAGUGGAUACCCUUCAAUGAGUCCACUCUCUCCGCAAGAAAUAUUCCAGUUGGCUUGUAUGGACCCUGCUGAUGAUGGACAAUUCCAGGAACAGCAAUCUCUGGAGCCAGAGGUUAGUGAAUUAAAAAGUGUGCAGUCCUCUAACCAUGGCAUCUACCUUCCUCCGGACACCCAGAAGCAUGCGGGAUCUGGGAGGGCAUCCUCUAUGCCACGACUGACUAUGGACCCCCAGGUGGUAACAGACCCUAGUUCUAUGCGACGUUCAUUUUCUACAAUUCGGGAUAAGCGUUCAAAUUCCUCAUGGUUGGAGGAGUUCUCCAUGGAGCGUAGCAGUGAAAAUACCUACAAGUCGCGGCGCAGAAGCUACCACUCCUCCUUGAGGCUGUCAGCCCACCGCCUGAAUUCUGACUCUGGUCACAAGUCUGACACGCACCGUUCAGGAGGCAGGGAGAGAGGCCGAUCCAAAGAGAGAAAGCAUCUUCUCUCCCCUGAUGUCUCCCGCUGCAAUUCUGAGGAGCGAGGGACCCAGGCUGACUGGGAGUCCCCAGAACGUCGCCAGUCCAGGUCACCCAGCGAGGGAAGAUCACAGACCCCCAACAGACAGGGCACUGGUUCCCUGAGCGAGAGCUCCAUCCCCUCCAUCUCUGACACCAGCACCCCAAGACGAAGUCGUCGCCAGCUCCCACCUGUGCCACCAAAGCCUCGGCCCCUCCUCUCCUACAGCUCCCUGAUGAGACACACUGGGGGCAUCUCUCCACCUCCUGAUGGAAGUGAGGGUGGAUCCCCGCUGGCCUCUCAAGCCCUGGAGAGCAACAGCGCUGGCCUGACCGAGUCUUCCAAUUCCUUGCACCCCCAGCAGGGCCGGCACUCUUCCCCACAACACUACAUCUCCGAGCCCUAUCUGGCCCUCCACGAAGAUUCCCACGCCUCAGACUGUGGCGAGGAGGAGACACUCACCUUUGAGGCAGCCGUGGCUACUAGCUUGGGCCGCUCCAACACCAUCGGCUCUGCCCCACCCCUGCGGCACAGCUGGCAGAUGCCUAAUGGGCACUAUCGGCGGCGGAGGCGUGGGGGGCCUGGGCCUGGCAUGAUGUGUGGAGCUGUCAGUGACCUCCUGAGUGACACGGAAGAAGAUGAUAAGUGCUAG